AUGACCAAAGUGACUGAAACAGGAACCAACUUUGCCAUGAUUCAUAACUGUCUGGUGCGCUGUGAGAAUGGUGUGUUCACUGCAGUAGUGGGAGACUUUAGUCUGGCAGAGAAGUUUCCAGACUACAGCCUUGACCUUCACCUCUCCCACCGCUGCCAGUCCCUCCCCUGCACCCCCGAGCUGGGGCGAACCCUCGCCCCCCUCCUCCGGGACCCCGACCUGCAGAGCUUGGGGAAAGACGAGGAAGAGGAGGGAGGGAGGGUGGAGGAUGAAAGGAGGAAGGAGAAGGGAGGGAUGGUGGAGGAUGAAAGGAGGAAGGAGAAGGGAGGGAUGGUGGAGGAUGAAAGGAGGAAGGAGAAGGGAGGGAUGGUGAGGGAUGAAAGGAGGAAGGAUGAAGGAGGGAUGGUGGAGGACGUGUCAGAUGAUUCAGGGCUGCUUCUGGACCUGGACAUGGUGUCUCUGGAAGAGGAAGAGGAGGAAGCUUUUUCUCUGGGGGAGCCUAUGGACUGCAGCAGGUCUCCUGACACGCUAGAGGGCGCUGUCCCUACACCAGGGAGACGUCUACUACACCCAGCCUCGUUCUCUUCCUCCCUGUUUCUGCAGCCUAAUGGCUGGGGCUAUCCAGUCUCCAACUCCCCUCCCCCUCCCUUCCCUCAUCUCCCCCAUCUGGACAACAACAACGGCUCGGCGACGGUGGUCGUCGGACGUCCGAUUGGCUGGAGGGAUAGCAGCUUCCGCACUGCAAUCCUGGACCCCCCUGCUGGCCCCGCCCCUGAGCAAGAUGAGUUAAUUUCCUGUCCGGGCUGCUGUCUUAUUGGAUUGAGCUUUCCUUCUUUGUGCCUGAAGGAGGCGAAUGGUCUCGCUCCUCUGACCGCGCCUUGUGUGCCUUGGCUGCCUCUACCGGAGGGACAGACUUAA